CAGGCCGGCAAGGACUACAGGUCCCGGCGAGCCUUGCGGCCGGCCGGUGCCCUGGUUCCCGUUGCGGAGGCGGAGGCGGGGCGGACGGACGGGAUGGCGGCGGCGGCGCCGGGCGGCGAGGGCAGGGCGCGGGCCGAGCCCGGAGAGGCGCCGGUAGCGCGGCGGAUCGAUCCGAGCCGGGAGAAGCUGACCCCGGCGCAGCUCUACUUCAUGCGGCAGGUGGAGCUGGCGCAGUGGCACAAGGCGCUGCCGCAGCGCCGGACCCGCAACGUCCUCACGGGGCUGGCCAUCGGGGCCCUGGUGGUGGCCAUUUACGGCUACACCUUCUACUCUGUGGCCCAGGAGCGCUUUCUGGAUGAGCUGGACGACCAGGCUAAAGCUGCCCGGGCCAAGGCCGCGCAGCCCUCCGGACACUGACGCUGGCUGGCUGGCUGGCUGGCUGACCGACCGACUGGGGGCCGGACCAGGGCCGCACAAAGAACCACCGUCUCUUCCCUCAUCCCAUUGCCCCCUGCCUGGGGCAGGACUGUUGUGGGUGGUGGCCUGAGGCACCCCCCCACCCCUCGGCCCCUCGGGGGGUCGGGGCCUAGUGGGGGCCUGUCUGCUGGGGGGGAACCAUGAGCCCUGGGGCUCCUGUUGCUUCUGCACAAUAAAUGAAGUGGAGUUUA